CAAACGCCGAUCAACGUUUGAACACCUUUCAUCUGUCCGCUGUUAGAGCCGCAAACAAAAAGUACCCGCAUCAUGAGCCUGAGACUGUGCCUGCUGGCAUGCCUGAUUGUGGCAGCCAGUGCCUCCAAGGAUGAGCUGAAGCCCACAAAAUGGCUCAGUGCCAGCGAGCUGGAAAGCUUGCCAUCGUUGAACGAAAUUUCGCUGGAGCGUUUGGAGAACAUGCCACUGCAAAAGGGUGCCCAGUUAUUGGAGCAGCUCUAUCACAUUUCGCACAUUAAACGGGAUCUGACGCCAAGCUUUGUGCCCAGCCCGAGCAACAUCCCAGUGAAGAUCGUUAAGGCAAAUGGCGAACGUGUGGAGGCCAAGCUGAACAACUAUGUGGAGAAGGCAAUGGCUCAGCCCGGUUUCGGUGAGGAUGAGGUCACCAUUGUGCUGACCGGUCUGCCCCAAACGACGCCAACCAUCAAGAAAGCCAUGCGCCAGCUGGAGCAGGCCUACAUGCAGCGUUACAAUCUGCAGCAGCAGCAAAAGAACGUACAGCAGAACGAACAGCAGCAGGAACAGAACAAGGGUUACGAGGCCACCUCCAGCGAGGAAACUAACGAUCAGUGGAAAAUGGCCAAGGCAACCAGUGGCAAUUUUAUCGUUAUUGACUUGGGUUGCACGUUGAACGACUUUACGCGUUUGUCCUUGUUGGAUGUGGACCGCACCGGCGCCAUGGUUGGCCAGACUCUGGUUGAGCUGACCAAUAGUGGUGUGCCUUAUGAGAUUAUCCAUCUGAUUGGACAGGGACUGGGUGCUAAUGUUGCUGGCGCUGCUGGACAGAAGUUUACCGAACAAACCGGCCACAAGCUGCGCCGCAUCACCGGUCUCGAUCCCGCCAAGCAGCUGGCAAAGAAUUCCGGUCACAUUGAUGGUCUGUCCCGUGGCGAUGCCGACUUUGUUGAUGUCAUCCACACAUCCAGCCUGGGCAUGGGCACCCUAACGCGCUGCGGCGAUGUUGACUUCUAUCCGAACGGCGUCAGCCAGGGUGUGCCCGGUGCACAGAAUGUUAUCGAAGCCACUAUGCGCGCCACCCGUUACUUUGCCGAGUCAGUGCGUCCGGGCAAUGAGCGUAACUUCCCUGCCGUUCCCGCCAAUUCGCUGAAGCAGUACAAACAGAACGAUGGCUUCGGCAGGCGCUGCUAUAUGGGCAUUGAUGCCGACUUCGAUCUGAAGGGUGAUUAUAUUCUGGAAGUCAACGAGAGGAGUCCAUUUGGCAAGCGUGCUCCCGCCCAGAAGCAGAUCUCAUACCACGGCUUGCACCACUCCAACUAAUGCUGAAACAAGCUGGAACAUUAACAACGACCAGGUCAGGAACAAACAGACAACGACAAAGAAUGCAUUCAAAAUGCAUCAAAAUUAGCAUAUUAAAAAAAAUAAAAUUGAAAUUAAUAAACGAGCAUAUUUUCUAAACUAGAA